AUGAUAAUUCAGAUUGAUGCAUUUGAACCAACUAUGCGAGGAUGUGGUACACAACUUGACCGAAAUGCUUUUCUUAACGACCAAACUCCCGUUAUCAGAGACCGCUUUGAAUUGGGAACAGCACAAUCCUCGACCUUUGCCAAAUUUUCUGGCAAUGGGCAAACUUCUGCAUUACCCACUCUAUGUCCCAGCGGUGUCACCGAACUCCGAGCAAGUUUUGUCUUGGCUUCAUCUAUCCGCAAGCCAGCCUCCCGGAUCCACUUCAAUACAGCCUUCAAACGAACCACGUGCUCCGGUUCCAAAUUGUUGUACACAACGAUAUCGUCCCCGUACACGGCAACAAUCUGGAGUCCCUUCGGUAAACGAAGCAUCAAGCGCCGGAAUGUGAAUGGUGCCCCAGACAAACCAAACAGCAUUCGUCUAACUUAUUACUGGUUAUUCCCAGCCGGGAACGCCGUAAUCCCUCGAUCCUCCGCCUUGGUCAAUCACGGAAUCGGUGCCUUUGAGAAAAUCCGCCCCCAACAUUGUCUGUUCUACGUCUGGGCUGAUGAGGAAUGCGUCCUGCAUGUACUUGUCGCCUAG